UUGAACUGUCAAAAAUGACAACUCUCUCAAAAAUCCUAACCUCAUUUAUAACCAAGCAAAAGUUUUGUUUACAAAAUUGCCAAAAGCUCCCAAUUUCCAAAUAAAUAGCCCUAUGAAGCACCACAUUUUUAAAUUCUUCAGCUCGCUAGGUUACAUCGUCCAAUACGGUUGCGUAGUACACUGCACCUUUGAAUAUUUAGGAGACUUCGUUCUGUGUUCGGGACCUUCUAUGGAACCGACCAUAUACUCGGAUGACAUUUUAUUCACCGAACACGUAUCCUCUUUGACUUAUUCAGUGAAAAAAGGCGAUAUUAUUAUCGCCAAAUGCCCGACCAAUCCGAAACAGCAGAUUUGCAAACGAGUGAUAGCCUUACAGGGUGAAAAAGUGAAAACUGGUUUUGCUAGCUACGAAAUUGUCCCUAUAGGGCAUGUGUGGCUUCAGGGGGACAACAAGUCAAAUUCCACCGACAGUAGAAACUACGGGGCAGUGCCCCUUGGGCUGAUCAGAAGUAAAGCGGUGUGCAAAAUUUGGCCGCCCAACCGAAUGGCUAUGUUAACCAACGGUUAACCCUUUGUGAAAUGGAAUUUAGAUGUUUUUAUUUAUUACUUAAGAGGCUAAAAGAUGUUAUAUAUAAGGGGGUAAGAUUAUUAAAUUAUAAUAAAAGUUA